AUGUCGCUCAUCGGAAAUGGCCCUUCCGUGCCACCAUCCUCGACGAAGGCGUCGCUGUUCAGCUCCCCGACGACCUCGGCAAAUCCGACUGGCGGUCUCUUCGGCUCGACCACAGGCGGCUCCUCUCUUUUCGCGCCAAAGACUGCGGGCAGCACGACGACAUCGACGACGCAGCCGACGUCCACUACUGGCCUUGGGACAUCUCUCUUUGGUACCUCAACUACGGCAAACACCCAGAACACGGCCAAUGCCGCACGACCCUCACUUUUUACCGCCGGCAACAGCAUCUUCGGCACCAGCACAACCCAGCCAGGGCUCGGAGCCAGCAGUCUAACGACCGCCGCAACGUCAAACCAACAAGCCCAACAGCAGCAGCAACAGCGGCAGCAGCACCAGCAAGCCGCGCCAACUGGUGCACUGUUUGACAGUUUGCUUGCCAGGAACAAGAAGCAGGCCGAAGGCGAGACGGCUCUCGGCGAGCUUCCCUCUCUGCAGCUAGGCUUGGCUGACCUGCGUCAACGCCUUAGGAAGCUGGGCCCGUCGUCGGACCGCCCCAUCGAACCCGGGAAGGCUCAUUACUUCCUUGCUGCGUCUGGCGUCGACCCCGGUGCUGCCGUUCGCGACCUUGGUGCUCUUGGGCUCCAGGCCAAGACCGAGAGGACUGCCGCUUCCGUUGGACCUGCUGCCGGGCCCUCUGGUGUUUCCACCACUGGCUUCGGGACUGGACUCGGCGAGGUAGAUGUUGAUACAUAUCUGUCGAAUCUUCAGACCAAGACGACAUUGAGCAUGAUUGCCGAUGGACUGGAGCGGUCGGCUCGGGAUUUUGACGCGUUCCUGGAAGAGAAUGUAACGCUGGAGUGGGAGGCCCAACGCAAGCGCAUCUACCAGCACUUUGGCAUCAAGCCCAGAGACAGCAGCGUCGCAGGCACAACCACAGCCCAACCGACGGCUACUCCUUCUAAGGAUGGUCAAGGCACUUUUGGGCGCUCCAGGAGGAAGGCAAGCCAACCGCCGCCCGGCGAGCGCCCUGCGCAGCGGAUGAGCAUCCUUGGGAGGUCUACGAUGAUGCGCUCGGUCAUUGGCACGCCGACACGGAUUGGGGCACACGCGCCUGAAUUCUCGGAUGUCGAAGCCCGUAAGGAUUCCAGCGGUGCGGCUGUGGCGUCGGUCGACGAUCGGUUCCUUCGGGAGAAGCAGGCUAAGCUGGCCGAAAAGAUUCGCGAGUUUAACGAUGCCCGACAACGAGGAACACCUUUCUACAUUUGCCGUGAUCUGGCCGAUUUGGAAUCCAAGUCUGGCGACCGUCACGGCCCACACAUUGUUGAGGCCUACAGGGCUGUCAUGGAGAUGGUCGGCGAGCACCCAGAUGCGGGCGAAGCCCCGCGCGAGCGUCAGUUCGCUAAGAUGUAUCUUGAUCCCAACACACAGUCCGCCAACGCGUUGGCCAUGCGCAAACAGAUCCUCAAGGGCGCUACCACGUUCCUGGAGAAGCAAUUCUGGAACGAAGUCAACUCGCUUAUCGCCAAGUAUCCCCAAGAUGCCAACUUGGGCGGCUUGCCCGAUGUGGUCAGCAAGAUCAAGGCGUAUAUCCGGUUGCGCAUUGCGCGCAAGACACUGGUGCCCGACAACGUGGAGUUGCAACAGAUCAACGGCGAAUAUGUGUGGGCAAUUGUCUUCUACCUGCUGCGUGCUGGGUUUGUGACGGAGGCAGCGCAGUAUGUCAAUAGCAACCAGGCACACUUCCGAGCAAUUGACCGGACCUUCUCGGGCUACAUCAAUAGCUACGCGUCGAGCGAGGAGCGCCGGCUCAAGCGGCAGAUGCAGGACCGAUGCAUGAGCGAGUACAAUCAGCGCAUCCGCAACGCGCCCGAGGGGUCUAUCGAUCCGUUCCGUAUGGCAUGUUACAAGAUCAUCGGUCGCUGCGACCUGAGCAAUCGCAGUCUGGACGGCCUGCAGACCGAUGUCAACGACUGGAUUUGGCUCCAGUUCAACCUUGCGCGCGAGACGGAUCGUUCGCUCGAGCUGGCCGGCGAGUCUUACGGACUGGCCGAGCUGCAGGCCAGCAUUCGCGAGAUUGGCCUGAAGCACUUCCCCAAAACGGCUGCCGAGGAUACUAAUGGAAGCUUCGGCAUGUUUUUUUACCUGCAGAUCCUUGCGGGCAUGUUCGAGCAGGCCAUCGCCUACCUUUACCCCUUCUCGUAUGUUGAUGCAGUCCAUUUCGCCAUCGCUCUCACGUACUACGGCCUGCUACGUCCGGUGGAUGCGGCGUCUGCUGGGAACGAGCUGUUAUCGCACAACACCCGGUCAAUGCCACAGAUCAACUUUGGCCGUAUGCUCGGUUACUACACGCGCGACUUCCGCGCAGCCAACCCAGCUGCCGCCGUGGACUAUCUGGUGUUGAUCUGUCUCAACGCCGACGAAGCUGCCGGCGGCCAACAAGCGCAGGCGGCAUUGUGCCAUGAGGCCCUGCGCGAGCUGGUCCUGGAGUCUCGCGAGUUCAGUCGUCUGAUUGGCGACAUCCGGCCUGACGGCCGUCGCAUCCGCGGUGUCAUUGAGGAACGCGGGCCGCUCAUUGCCCUCGGCCAGGAGGAUGAUUUCAUCCGCACCAUCACCCUGCAGGCGGCUAGCUUCGCCGAUGACAACGGUCGCACCACCGACGCCGUGUUGCUGUACCAUCUGGCCGAGGACUAUGACACAGUCGUAUCGAUCGUUAGCCGUGCUCUCAGCGAGGCCAUAUCGCUGGAGAUUGGCGAGGACCCCAUGCGGUUAAUACCGGUGAAACCGAGAGUUACAAACGCCGAGGGCCAGGUGGAGGAAGCCGCGCCUGGCAGCAGCCUGAGCCUGGCUGCGAUCGACGAUCCGGUCGAGCUGGCUAAGGCCAUGAUGGGCAUGUAUGAGAGAGACCAUAUGUUCUGGCAAAAAAUUCGCGAGCCUAAUCGUGUGGCGUGCUCUGUUCUUCUGCAAAUGGCCGAUAUCAAGAGUCUGGUAGAACAGGGCCGGUGGGCAGAGUGUUUGGAUAAAAUCCGCGCCCUGGACAUCCUCCCUCUCACGGCUCGUGGCGAUCCGGGCACGAUUCGCAGCUAUGCGGCACGGUUCCCGUCGCUGGCACAGCCCGUGGCCAUCAACGUGCCCAACCUGCUCAUGUGGACAGUACUCUGCUGCAUGAGGCAGCGCGAGCGGCUAGCCGGAGGGCAGUUUGCUGGCAACGAGUCUACUGCUCGCCUCAUGAUGGACGAGCUCAAGCAAAUGACGGUCGACCUAAUGGCGUACACCAGCCAGUUGCGCUACCGGUUGCCGCCGCAUCUUCACGAGGCGCUGGCCAGGGCAAGCGCCGAUUAA